GACCAAUCGGAAGUGGCUGAGGAAUCUGGCGUCUGUGGGACAGAAGGAUGACGACGAUGGGAUGCUACCGGAAUGCUAAAAUGAAUUUCACACAGUGAGAGGAAAAAAAUGGAGCGUAAGAUGACCGUGUUCCACAUUCCAUGGCGUAUUGUGGUAACCACCACACCUUGCGAGUGGACUGUUUGACGGCAGCCGCCAUCCUCAGGCCAAGAUGGCUGACAGCGUGAACAAGCUGCCCUUCUUCUACGGCAACAUUACCAGAGAAGAGGCGGAGGGUUACCUGCAGCAGGCAGGUGUGGCAAGUGGCGUGUAUUUGCUACGGCAAAGUCGGAACCACCUGGGAGGCUUUGCCCUGUCCGUGUUGCAUUCCAGUCGCUGUUACCACUACAACAUUGAGAGAGAAACGGAUGAAACGUAUGCUAUCGAUGGUGGGAAGAGCCACAGCAGCCCCAUAGACCUGAUCGACUACCACACCCAAGAGUUGGACGGCCUUGUGUGUCGCUUAAAGACGCCCUGCAACCGGCCCAAGAACAUGCAGCCCAAGGUGGGGCCCUUUGAGGACCUGAAGGAAAAACUGAUCCAGGAGUACGUCAAGCAGACUUGGAACCUACAGGGUACAGCUCUGGAACAAGCCAUCAUCAGCCAGAGGCCGCAUUUGGAGAAGCAUAUUGCAACCACUGCUCAUGAAAGAAUGCCCUGGUUCCAUGGUAAAAUCACUCGAGAAGGCUCAGAGUCCAGGCUACAAAACGGCUCUCCAACAAAUGGAAAAUUCCUUAUCCGACAGAGAGAUGCGAAUGGAUCCUAUGCUCUUUGUUUAUUACACCAAGGACAAGUCAUGCAUUACCGCAUCGACAAGGACGUGGCUGACAAGUUCUGUAUUCCAGAUGGAAAGAUGUUUGACACACUUUGGCAGCUGGUGGAGCACUACUCAUACAAACCAGACGGCCUUCUUCAGGUGCUGACUGACUCCUGUCCACGGCCUGAUGGAGACACAGAUGUGUUUGGACAAUCGCUGCUGCCUCAUGACCCCUCCGGAUUCGGUUCUUUAAUUAAAAAUGCAGCUGGUGGAUUCUUUUCAAAAAUCAAAAUUGGUCCAUUACCUAGACGAAAAAAGAGCCGAGGAUCCCAACACGAUACCCCAAAUACCCACCCCUAUGAAAUGACCAAUGAUGGAGUAGUAGCCAGAGAGUCCCUACCGAUGGACACUUCAGUAUAUGACAGGACCUAUGCAGAUCCAGACGAGAUCAGGAACUCCACAGUGGACCGGGAACAGCUCUUUUUGGAGGACGAAGAAUUGGGUUCUGGAAAUUUCGGUACAGUCAGCAAGGGCAUUUACAAGACCAGAACGACAGCACAGCCGGUCGCGGUCAAAAUCCUAAAAAAUGACGACGACAGCCCGCUCGUCCGUGAGGAGAUGCUGCGUGAAGCAAGCGUCAUGAAGCAGCUGGACAAUCCGUACAUCGUGCGGAUGAUCGGUAUUUGUGAGGCAGAGAACCUCAUGCUGGUGAUGGAGCUGGCCGAGCUAGGUCCACUUCACAAGUUUCUGCAGAAAAACAAACAAAUAAGCAUCAUAAACAUCACUGAGCUGGUCCACCAAGUGUCCAUGGGCAUGAAGUACCUUGAGGAGCAUAACUUUGUCCACAGAGAUCUUGCUGCCAGGAAUGUGCUGUUGGUCACGCGGCACUACGCCAAAAUCAGCGACUUUGGUCUCUCCAAAGUAGUUGCUGAUGACGAGAACUACUACAAGGCCAAGAGACACGGCAAGUGGCCAGUAAAGUGGUACGCGCCCGAGUGCAUCAAUUACUUCAAAUUCUCCACCAAAAGUGACGUGUGGAGCUUUGGAGUGUUUAUGUGGGAGGCGUACUCGUAUGGAGAGAAGCCAUACAAGGGGAUGAAAGGCAACAAUGUUCUGCAAAUGAUUGAGAGUGGACUGCGGAUGGACGCGCCACCAAAAUGUCCUGAAGAAAUCUACAGCCUCAUGAAGAACUGCUGGAUUUACGACUUUGAAAAACGACCUGCCUUUGCUGUCAUUGAGCCACGACUGCGACAAUAUUAUUAUGACAUUGCACAGUAAAAACAUGAUCGGUUUCGGGUGGAAUAUUGUCACUUUCAGACUUAAUAAGUUUAUGCAAUAAAAAAUGUUCCCUUUAAAACAUUGAAGAUUUUGUGGCGAAUUGAACAAAAUUGACAAAAAGCUGAUUUUUGCUCCUGUUAACAAAACCGCAAAUACUUGAAGGGUCUCUUUUAUCGGCCGAUAAAAGCUUGAAAAUGUAAUAGCGGAAAUUAUCGGUAUCUGUUUCAAAAAGUAAAAUUUAUGACUUUUUAAAACGCCACUGUACGGAGUGGUACACGGACGUAGGGAGAAGUGCAGAGCAGUUGUGUCUCCCAGUCAUACUUGCCAACCCUCCCGAUUUUCCCGGGAGGCUCCCGAAUUUCAGUGCCCCUCCCGAAAAUCUCCCGGGGCAACCAUUCUCUCGAAUUUCUCUUGAUUUCCACCUAGACAACAAUAUUGGGGGCGUGCCUUAAAGGCACUGCCUUUGCGUGCCGGCCCAGUCACAUGAUAUCUACGGCUUUUCACACACACAAUUGAAUGCCAAGCAUACUUGGUCAACAGCCAUACAGGUCGCACUGAGGGUAGCCGUAUAAACAACUUUAACACUGUUACAAAUAUGCGCCACACUGUGAACCCACACCAAACAAGAAUGACAAACACAUUUCGGGAGAACAUCCACACCGUAACACAACAUAAACACAACAGAACAAAUACCCAGAACCCCUUGCAGCACUAACUCUU